AUGACAAAGUAUUCGCGUAGUAGGGAACAACUUCGGGAUAUCUUAGUGACUAUUUGGUCAGGUCUUGAAGAAGAAAAAAUGACGGUAGCUGGAAAUGGUUAUCGAACUAAAAAACGCACAAGCUGUAAUACCAGCAGAACUUCGUCGUUACCGUCAUCUAGUGGCUUAGUAUCGCAACCAGAAGAACUAUGCCUCGUAUGCGGUGAUAAAGCUUCCGGAUAUCAUUAUAAUGCUUUAACAUGUGAAGGUUGUAAAGGCUUUUUUCGGCGUUCAAUAACUCGAAAAGCAGUUUAUUAUUGCAAAUAUGGACUACGAGUUGAUCCCCGAGUGCCUUUAGUUGUUAUACCGGAAGAUCAAUGUCGUCUGAAACGGGAAGCAAAGCAAAAAAUGCGUACCAGCGCCGAACUGCAACGAAAGUCUACCAGUCCGAAUGCUGUAACAUCAACGGAACCAUUAGUUGGUGCAUUGUCUGUAGAAACUCGAGAACUGAUUAACAGAAUAGUAGCAUUAGAUUUACAAUUUGCUACACCAUCUAAUGAUUCUAUUGUACAGUUAUCGGAUUAUAGCGAAGUUGGCUCUUCAUUUCAACAUUUAGCUGAAUUAACAAUACUUAGCACUUGUAAAACAGAAGUACUUAUGUUACGAACAUCGCGUUGCUAUGAUGCAUGUGAAGAAAAAGUGGUACUGGGUAAUGAGCUAAAACAGUGGCGAUUCGACAGAGAACAGUAUCGCGAAUUUAUUGGACCUCUUGCUGAUUCUAUAUUCGAUUUUGCUCAUUCCAUGUCAAAACUACAGUUAGACAGUGCUGAAUUUUCUUUACUUACAGCUAUUGCCAUUUUUUCAGAUCGUCCCGGACUGUUACAACCGAAAGCUGUUGAAGACAUUCAAGAAGUGUAUACAUCGGCACUGCAAUCGUACAUUGAUGUUCGGCGACCUAAACAACGUACUAUGUUUGCUCGACUGUUGAUGAAAUUGACGGAUCUUAGAAGCUUAGCUGCUGAACAAACUGAGAUUUUUUCGGAGCUUGGAUCAUCACAAGGAACAGUGCAAACUCAAGAUAUUAAGACAGGUGUUAAGUACAUUCCUCCAAAAGAUAUCACUUACCAAACCUAUGCUUCUCCAAAUUAUCAACCUACUUCACCCAAUACCUAUCCAUAG